CAUUCUACAACUUGCCGCUUGGAAAUCGGCCAAGCUUGUGUCUGGUGUCAAGCUAGCCUGAACAGAUACUUUCAGACAUCUAAUUUCUUCACCUCAUUCCUGAGACAGGACUGCGCCCACCCCUUGUGUAAGCAAUUUAAACCUGUUAGCAGCCGAUCAUUUGCCUAUCUUUACACUGCAAAUCUUUGUUAACUUUAUAUCGACCCAAUAUCUCAUGCGCUUCUUUACCAUAAUCAUUGUCAUUUUUUACGCGCAAAGCUCCACCCGGGCCGUAAACCUCUUCUGAUUAUCGAUUUUUAAUGCAAGACAGAGCAGAACUUUGAUUGGUGCAAUCGAGAGGCUGUAGACUCCUGUCUGACGCGCGCCUGUGUUCUUUUCUACCCAUGGAAAUGCUCAGUACAGGUGCCUGAAUGUGCACAACGACAACAUUUUAAUAAUAUGAACUUAUUGCCAAGUGGAAUAUGUUUUUAUUUAUCUGUAGCAAUCUGCUGGCUAACGUCAAGGGUCGACGGAUCUUGGUGGUACAUGGGUACCCUCGGGUCGCAAGUGAUGUGCGACAACAUCCCCGGCUUAAUCAACAAACAGCGGCAGCUGUGCCGCCAGCAUCCCAAAGUUAUGCAGGCGAUCGGAGCCGGGAUUAAAGACUGGAUCGGAGAGUGCCAACAUCAGUUUCAGAACCACCGCUGGAACUGCAAUACCAUGGCGCGAGACCACAACUUGUUCGGACGCCUACUGCUGCGUAGCAGUCGUGAAGCGGCCUUUGUGUACGCCAUCUCCUCGGCUGGGGUGGUCCACACGCUGACCCGGGCUUGCAGCCAGGGAGAGCUGCAGUCGUGCUCCUGUGACCCCACCAAGAAGGGCUCGUCCCGGGACGCCAAGGGGACGUUCGACUGGGGCGGCUGCAGCGACCAUGUGGAGCACGCCAUGAGGUUCAGCCAGUCCUUCAUAGACGCCAAAGAGAGAAAAGAGAGAGACGCCAGGGCUCUGAUGAACCUCCACAACAACCGCGCUGGGAGAAAGGCGGUGAAGCGGUUUAUGUCCCUGGAGUGUAAGUGUCAUGGCGUGAGCGGCUCCUGCAGCGUCCGGACCUGCUGGCUGGCCCUGGCCGACUUCCGCCGCACAGGCGACCACCUGCGGCGGCACUACAACGGGGCGGUGCAGGUGGCCAUGAACCAGUAUGGCACGGGCUUCACCACCGCACAGCGACACUUCAAACGGCCCAGCAAGAACGACCUGGUCUACUUCGAGGACUCGCCAGACUACUGCAUAAGAGACCAAGAGUCUGGCUCGGUGGGGACAGGAGGGCGGGUGUGCAACAGGACGUCUCGCGCCGUAGACAGCUGCGAGGUUAUGUGCUGCGGCCGGGGCUACGAUACAACACGCGUCAGCCGCACCACCAAGUGUGAGUGCAAGUUUCACUGGUGCUGCGCCGUGCACUGCCGGGACUGCAACCAGGAGAUGGACGUGCACACCUGCAAGGCCCAGACAUGACCACAGUUCACCACUAUACCACCAACCAACCGCUUAUCCAGAUUUGGUCUGAAAAGGCAACCUAUUUCCUAUGGUGCACUACUUUUGACCAGAGCCCUUUGCAGGUCCUGAUCAAAAGUAGUGC